CUUUUUCCUACUACUACUGUUAAAGCAUUAAAUUUUGAGAUGCCAAAUGAAGCAUCAUCAACUCCCCUUUUUUCCAUCUCUCUCCUUCUCCUAUUCCUCCUCCAUAAAAACAAAGAAAUCCAUAAAAAUGAUUCCUUUUCACCCCCUUCACUCAUCUCCCCAUAGCUAGGGUUUCUUGAUGAACUUCAUUUCAGCAUCAUAGCUUAGCCAGCUAGUUAGCUAGAUACAUAUAUCCAUUCUUAAAUUCUUGCUUAAUUUUUUCUAACAGAUUGGUUUUUGAUGAUGUUAGGGUCAUCAUUUGCUUCAUCAUCUUCCCAUGAAGAUCAUGGCCAAGAAGAUGAUCCACCUUCUUCUUCCUCAUCAGUGAUACCAUAUCAUCAGAUUCAUCAUCAUCAACUUGGCAGCUUGAUUAGUGCUAGUGCUUCUUCUCCAUCAGCAAUCCAUCAUAACAUGAGGCAAUUACUCAUCAGCUGUGCAGAGUUAAUCUCCACAAGGCCAUCUGAUCUCACCUCAGCUCAUCGCCUCCUCACCAUUUUGAUGGCUAACUCAAACCCUCAUGGUGAUUCUACAGAAAGGUUAAUCCAUCACUUCACUAAAGCCCUCUCCCUCCGCCUCUCCACCACCACCACCACCACAUUCUUCAUCACUCCUCCUCCUCCUCCGGCCACCACCACCACUUUGAUGAUUAGUACUACUACAAAUAAUAAUACUCAUCAUGAUCGUCAUCAUCAUCAAUUAGCCUUUUCAUCUAGCACUAGUACUACCAGUAUCAUUAGUAGCAAUAUUAACAGCCCUCAACAACAACAAUAUUUAUUAGUUGAAUCUUCUUCAUCACCAGCAGCACAAGCAGCACUUAUUCAAUCAUCAUAUUUAUCACUCAAUCAAGUAACACCAUUCAUUAGGUUUAGUCAACUCACUGCAAAUCAAGCAAUCUUGGAUUCUAUCCAACAAGAAGCCAUUCAUAUCCUUGAUUUCGACAUAAUGCACGGAUUGCAAUGGCCUCCAUUUAUGCAGGCCAUCAAGGAGAAGUAUCCACAGCCAACACUUCGGAUCACAGGCACCGGAAAUGACCUAGAAACCCUCCGGAGAACUGGAGACCGCCUCGCGAAAUUCGCACAUUCGCUGGACCUAAGCUUCCAGUUUCACCCGCUUUUAGUCCCUAAUGAUGAGGAUGAUCCAACUGCACUUGCUUCAUCUGUGGUUCUCUUACCUAAUGAAACUCUUGCUGUGAAUUGUGUCCAUUAUCUUCACCGGCUGCAUAAGAAUAGAGAUGGGGUGAGGUUUUUCUUGCAUGCCAUAAAAGGGAUGAAUCCAAGCAUUGUAACCAUGGCUGAGAGGGAAGCAAAUCACAACCAUCCACUCUUCUUGCAAAGGUUUGUGGAGGCAUUGGAUCAUUAUGCAGCUGUGUUUGAUUCACUUGAAGCAACUUUGCCACCAACAAGUCGGGAAAGGCUGAAUGUGGAGCAGGUUUUGUUUGGGAGAGAAAUCAUUGAUAUUGUGGCUCAAGAAGGAGAUGGAAGGAAGCAAAGGCAUGAGAGAUUUAGGUCAUGGGAGUUGUUGUUUAGGAGCUGUGGGUUUCGCAGUGUGCCUUUAAGCCCUUUUGCUCUUUCUCAAGCCAAGUUGUUGCUCAGACUUCAUUACCCUUCUGAAGGUUACCAACUUCACAUUCUUGAUGAUUCUUCACUCUUCUUAGGUUGGCAGAAUCAACCCCUUUUCUCAGUUUCUUCUUGGAGAUAGAAAUUAUAUAGAUAAGGAAAGCAAAACCCUAACCCUAGUUUCAAAAAAGCCUGCCUUAGCUGCACGAGACAUGCAAGAGUGACUUGGUGGGAUUAUAGGAAUUAAUUGGGAAGAAGAAGAGGAAGCAAGCAAGCAGGUGCUCUAUCAUGAACUGCAGAAAAGGUUAUAUUUUCUUGAGGAGGUCUUCAAACUUAAAAAAACAAAAACUGAUGAAUGUUUUUAUUGAUGCUUUUAUAUAUAUAAAUAUACUAGUUUGCUGUAGUUAAUAGUUUCAUCCACUUCUUUCAGGGAGUCAGUUGGAUUAAUUUCAUUAAUUACUAUACUUACUUCUUCCUUUUUUUCAGUUAGUUAAUGACCUCCACCUAAUAUAUUCCUUUGUUGUUUUUUGGUUCAAGAGAUGAAAGAUUCCCAGAUUAGGGAGCUACCCCGGCCACUAGUAUUGAUUAAUGCCCA